GGGUGUGCGGCUGCCACACGUCCCACGGACCAGCACCUCCUGACUUGGCUAGGACCCGGUGCGCACAGCUGCAGAAAGGAAAGAAAAUCCCUUGGCUCCAAAAUGACAUCCAGAGAACCGAAGACAAGCCUCAAGAAUGCUUACCCGUCCGCCAAGAAGCUGCUGCCGAAGGUGGAGGAGGAGGGGGAGGCUGAGGAUUACUGGACCCCCGGAGCCUUCGAGCUGGAGCGUCUCUUCUGGAAGGGCGGUCCCCAGUACACGCAUGUCAACGAGGUCUGGCCCAAGCUCUACAUCGGCGAUGAGGCGACGGCGCUGGACCGCUACAGGCUGCAGAAGGCAGGCUUCACGCACGUGCUGAACGCGGCCCAUGGCAGCUGGAACGUAGACACCGGGCCCGACUACUACCGCGACAUGGCCAUUGAGUACCACGGCGUCGAGGCCGAUGACCUGCCCACCUUCGACCUCAGCGUCUUCUUCUACCCAGCGGCCGCUUUCAUUGAUGCUGCGCUCCGCUACAAUCACAAUAAGAUCCUGGUUCACUGCGCCAUGGGCCGCAGCCGGUCAGCGACUCUCGUCCUGGCCUACCUGAUGAUCCACAGGAACAUGACCCUGGUGGACGCCAUCCAACAAGUGGCCAAGAACCGCUGUGUCCUACCCAACCGGGGCUUUCUGAAGCAGCUCCGGGAACUGGACAAGCAACUGGUGCAGCAGAGGCGACAGGCCCGGCACGGCGGGGACGGUGAGAAGGCUGGUGAGAAGGAGCUGUAA